CACUGGAAUUCCAUUGAUUGUCAAAAGUUUUUUGUUUUUUUUUUGAAAAAAUGGAAGAAUGCGAACUUCGAAAUAUAUGUCGAGCAUGUUUAACUGAAGAGGGAGAAUUUCAAUCAGUAUUUGUACCAGAAGUGAGCUCAGGAAUCUCCUUGCAUAUUUCGGAAAUGAUGAGUGCCUGUACUGCAAUUCAGAUAACGCUUGGGGAUGGUUUACCUGAACAGAUUUGCACAUCCUGUGUUAGUAAUACAGUCCACAUGUAUCUCUUUAAGCUGAAAUGCGAAAGAAGUGACAAGAUUUUGAAAGAACGACUAGAAAAAGGUACUAUUUUUUUCGAGGAUGACCUGUUAGAGACGGAUGGUAAUAAUGUAGAAGAAAUAAUAAAAGACGAAGUCAUCGAGAGCAAAGUAACUUCUAAGGAGACAAUACUGGAUGAAUUUGAUUCCUUUGAUUUCGAUGCAUAUAGAAGUGAUAGCGAGGAAGAAGAACAAACCCAACCUAAUGAAGAAUCUUCCUCAAAAGAAGUAAUCAAAGUGAAAAAAUUUGAGUGUGAUAUUUGUCAAAAGAGAUUCAGUCGUUAUGACUUACUUUUAAGACACAAAAUAGCUCAUGCCAUGAAAAUGGAAGAACAAAACGUACAGUAUGAUGGGACUUAUCAUAUGGAAGAUGAUUUGGAUAUCAAAAGAGAAGAUGUUGUAUAUUCAUGCUCUCGUUGCGAGUCUUUAUUUAUGCACAGAGAUGAUCUCGACUCACAUUUGAAAACUCACGUGAAAGAAUAUAAGAUCAGUUGUGAAGUAUGUGAGAAAAAAUUUACCAAAAUGGCCCACUUAAAUAGGCACUUGAGAACGAUGCAUUUUAUUGAGAAGCAGUAUAAGUGUUCAAUGUGUGAAAAGGCAUUUCACAGACAGGAGCAACUUAGGAAUCAUAUGAAUGGCCAUACAGGUGCAAAGCCACAUGUUUGUGAUAUUUGUUGUAAGGCAUUCAACCAAAUUUCGAAUCUGAAAGACCACAUGAGAACCCAUAAUGGAGAAAAGCCAUUUUUAUGUUCUACAUGUGGAAAGGGUUUUAACCAACUGGGUAAUCUGAGGCAGCAUACUGUAAGGCAUAGCGGAGUGAAAGCUCACUUGUGCAGUACGUGUGGUAGCGGAUUUGCCAGCAAAGGAGAAUUAUCUGCACAUCUUAGGAAACAUACAGGUGCCCGUCCCUUUGUCUGCCAGGUUUGCAAUCAUGGAUUCACCACCUCCAGCUCUCUUACCAAACACAAACGCAUACAUUCUGGUGAAAAGCCAUAUGAAUGUGAUACGUGCAAGAUGAAAUUCUCCCGGUCCGGUAUCCUUGCUCGCCAUAAACGUACACAUACUGGAGAGAAACCGUAUAAGUGCAAGUUUUGUGACAAAGCGUUCUCCCAAUCCAACGAUCUUACAUCUCACCAGCGAAUUCAUACUGGCGAAAAACCGUUUAUUUGUGAUGAAUGCGGACAGGCCUUCCGUCAGAGCUCUGCUCUGAAGACGCACAAAAAGACACACUCCUCAAAGCCGGAAACAACAGAAAAAAUCGACAAAGGAACAUCUGUGGAAGUCAAACCAAUCUUCCUCGCAGGAGUGUUCAAUCCUGAAUUUUUGCCGGGAUUCACGUGAAGGUUAUGUCUUUCCUUGCUAGUAGAUUUUUUUAAUGAAUUGUGAUUUAUAUAAGUAUUGUCAAUAAGGAUGAGUGCGGGUGCUUCGAGAUUUGAAGUAGAUAAUUUUACUUGGUUUACCAUUUAUUGUCUUUUUACAUAAUGACUGAUGAAUAUGCAACUACGCGUAUACUAAGUAUGUAUUUUUAAUAUUCAAAAAUAUGUUUUCUAAUGUUGAUUUGAAAUAAAUUCUUGACAACA